GGCCCCGCCAAAAGAGAGAGGCCAUUGGUCUUCGUUGUGAGCAGGGGCGGGGCACAGCCUUCAGAACUAGCACGCGGACCAGGGUCUCCGAAAGAGCCGAGCGGCGCCGCGAAGAGCCGAACAGAGCCAGGGAGACCCGAGCCGCGCAGGCUGGCCGGAAGCGGAGCCGAGCGCAGCCGGAAGGAGCCGAGCGCGCCCGAAGGGCCUGAGCGCGGUUGGGCGUUGGCGGGGCCAAGCCCGAGCCAUGGCGGCAGAGGGGACAGAUGUGGCCGGAGGCGGGGCUGUUGGAGGCCGCCUGGCCAAGGACAGCUUGCGGCAGGCUAAGGGCCCCGACGCGACUCCGAACCGGCGGCGCGGCUCGGCGCGGUCGCGAGACGCCGAGCGCCGAGCCUACCAGUGGUGCCGCGAGUACUUGGGCGGAGCCUGGCGCCGAGUGCGGCCGGAGGAGCUGAGGGUUGACCCCGUGAGCGGAGGCCUCAGCAACCUGCUCUUCCGCUGCUCGCUGCCGGACCACCUGCCCAGCGUUGGCGAGGAGCCCCGGGAGGUGCUGCUGCGGCUGUACGGGGCCAUCCUGCAGGGCGUGGACUCCUUGGUCCUCGAAAGUGUGAUGUUCGCCAUCCUUGCAGAGCGGUCUCUGGGACCCCAGCUCUAUGGAGUCUUUCCAGAGGGUCGACUGGAGCAGUACCUCCCAAGCCGGCCACUGAAGACGCACGAGCUUCGAGAGCCGGUGUUGUCUGCAGCUAUCGCCACGAAGAUGGCCCAGUUCCACGGCAUGGAGAUGCCUUUCACUAAGGAGCCCCGCUGGCUAUUUGGGACCAUGGAGCGGUACUUAAAGCAGAUUCAGGACCUGCCCCCCACUGGCCUCCCCCAGAUGAACCUGCUGGAGAUGUACAGUUUGAAGGACGAGAUGGGCAACCUCAGGAAGUUGCUAGACUCUACCCCAUCACCAGUGGUUUUUUGCCACAAUGACAUCCAGGAAGGGAACAUCUUACUGCUCUCAGAGCCAGAGAACGCCGACAGCCUCAUGCUGGUCGAUUUUGAAUACAGCAGUUAUAACUACAGGGGCUUUGACAUUGGGAACCACUUUUGUGAGUGGGUUUACGAUUAUACUCAUGAGGAGUGGCCUUUCUACAAAGCGCAGCCUGCAAACUACCCCACCCGGGGACAGCAGCUCCAUUUUAUUCGCCACUACCUGGUGGAGUUAAAGAAAGGUGAGACUGUCUCCCAAGAGGAGCAGAAGAAACUGGAAGCAGAUUUGCUGGUAGAGGCUAAUCGGUAUGCUCUGGCAUCUCAUUUCUUUUGGGGUCUCUGGUCCAUCCUCCAGGCAUCCAUGUCCACUAUAGAAUUUGGUUACUUGGAGUAUGCCCAGUCUCGGUUCCAGUUCUACUUCCAGCAGAAGGGACAGCUGACCCGCUUCCACCCCUCAUCCUGACUCUCCACCUUCUAACUCUCUGGAUUUCUCCUGGAGCCUCCAGGGCAGGACCUUGGAGAGAGGAGCAAAGGGGAGGCCCUGGGGAGUGGGCUGAGCCCGAGUGAGACUGGGGUUAAGGAGGCUGACCUCCCCUCCCCACCCCGAGUUUGAGAAGGUCCGCACCGCAGGCAAGUGGGCAGGAGCCCUGGGAUGUGUACCUUAAGACAAUAAACUGCCUUCUU